UUGUCAACUCGACUAACGUAUAGCAUUGUUUUUAAUAAUAACUAUUAACGAUUGCUGUUUUAGUGUUUUUACGGCGAAACGUGAUGAUUCGGUACAUUAAUGUGUAAUCUUAGAGUUAUUUGUGUCGGUGUCGAUUGCUAUUUUGUGGAACUUCAACAUGCAACAUAUGAAAAUAUCGCAGUUAGUCGUUCAGAUUGGACUACUGCUGUGCAGCAUAUCAGAUGGGUUUAUAUUCGGCCAGAUGUCUGGUAUGGUGGACGCACUGCUGGGAGAUGAUCACAGCGUCGAAAUGACUCCAGAAGAAGUAUCAUUAAUGGCUGCCCUGAUUAAUAUAACAUGUAUAGGAGGAUAUCUCCUAGUUGGAAUAAUAACAGAAAUAUCGGGAAGGCGUCGACCAAUAACAUUUCUUGCAAUGCCACUUGCUAUAUGCUGGAUCGUAGUUUUCUAUACUAGAAACAAAGUAGUCCUUUUAAUGACAAGAGUCGUAGUUGGUAUAAGCUUUGGAGGUAUUUUGUCUCUAUGCAUCAUAUGUGUUGGGGAGUAUACACCGCCAAAUAUGAGGCCACUAUCCCUAAAUUUAGUUUUGGGUGUGGGAGGUCAAACUGGAUGUACCCUCGGGCAUGUCCUAAGUAUUUUCUUUAAUUGGAGAACCGUGGCGUUGAUCGGGUUAGUUCCAACGAUGUUGUCUUGCAUUAUGACAGCUUUUUGGGUGGAAAGUCCAUCUUGGCUUGCAUCAAAAGGACGUUUUCAGGAAUGCCAAGAUGCUUAUAAAUCAUUACAUGUAAUGAAUCAAGAAAAAGAAACCGAGCUGGAAAAACUUAUCGCCUUUGAGAAAUUAAAAAAUGUAGCGUCAAAAGAAACUAAUAGCCCUAAGCCUGCGAAAAAACUUAUAUGGGCUUGUAAACAAAUGUACUUGUGGAAGAUAAUAUUACUGAGUACAAUGUUAAAUGUUUAUAGAGUUGCAGCUGGACGAAUGCUCUUUUACACAAUGGCAUUGACGAUAUUUAAAGAAUUAACGGGAUACAGCAAUUUAUUGAUGAUGACUUUACUAAUCGACGGAUUCGGUAUUAUUGGCGCCAUGAUGUCGUGUGUUUUAAUGAAACUUUAUAGAAUAAGGAGCUUAUUGCUUCUUUCAGCAACCCUGGGCAAUGUUUUGCUGAUAGCCUUAAGUAUUGUUUUAUAUUAUUACCCCAAUGUUGACGACGGAACUGGUUGGUGUAAAGCAAUUUUACUGGCGUUGUAUCUCGUUAUUGUCAACUCAGGCCCUUAUCCUGCUACAGAAACUUUAUAUUCAGAAAUAUUUCCAUUGGAAGCCAAAUCAUUCUGUAUAUUUAUUAUAGGAAUUAUUAGUAGUAUUAUGCAAUUUCUCGCAAUAUUACUUGCGCAGCACAUGUUUCAAAAUAUAGGGUAUUCUGCGGUAUUUAUGAUUAAUGCGUUAAUUGUUUUCAUAUCUUUAGGCUACCUAUGGAUAUUCUUGCCAGACACUAAAGAUAAAACGCUGCAAGAAAUUGAAUUAUUGUUCAAAAAAGAUUCCAAUUUCGAUACUAAUGAUCUUCGUAACGAUAUUAAAGCGACGGAUUGUAUGUUAGAAAAAACUGAAACCACAGCGGCGAAAGUUGUCUGACAAAAUAUACUAUUAGACUGUUUAUAAUAUUUUAAUGUACCGAAUAUGUGCAUCUUAGUUGCGAGCGCGUGACAAUGUGUCAUUUGAAGAUAGAUAACAAUACUCUGGCCAUGACUGGCUACUAAAAGAUCGAAUAAAAUAUAAAAAGCGACGAAUAGGGAGAAAUAGAUGAAGAUUGAGAAGGUACGGAAUAUACCCGCACGAAAAAUUCUUGUUCAAUUUUCUAAAUAUGUUGUGUGUAAUGUGUUGUUUAAUUUUAAGAGUUGUAUUAUUUUGCUUGCUUUUUCUCUUAAGUCAUUGAUAUUCUUCAUAUUAAAUAAAUAUGAAAAUUU